GGAUCUUGUUCGUGCGUUGGUGAAGAAGACAGCCGGUCAAAAGAACACUAGGAAGAAGUCGACCGAGGUGGGGUCGAGUGCCACUUCGGCUGCCAUGCCUGAAAGCCCAAAGUCUGUGCCAGACGUGACGACUACCGAAGUAUUGUCAGUAGUGGAGGCUGCAGCGAUUAACCAAGCAGAUCCGGAACCAAUCAUAGCAGGGACCGAAAUGAUUACUGCCGAGGUUGCUCACACCGAGGUGCCACCAGCUUCUCUGAAGUCGCUUGAGUUGGAGCAACCAGAGAAGAGGAAGAAGAGGAAAUUGGUGAAGAUGGCGGACGUCGGAGCUUCGUCCGGAGUAGAGAAGAGGUCUAAGAAAAAGCACGACUCCGGUCGUAAAGCGACUGAGAAAGGUACGGAUGAUUCUCCUUUAUUUGAGAAGUUUUUUUUGUCGAUAGACGAAGAGCGGGCUGCCAGAGUUAAGGUGCCUGAGGGUGUUGUGGAGGAUUGGUUCACUACUUUUCUGUUCGUGAAGUCACCACAUAUGUCAUCGAGAAUCGAAAUGCCAGAGAAUGCAAGAGAUGCUGCUCGGGUUCCGUUGAUGGUUUGGGACCCCAAAUCCGAAGUGGGGGUCUCCUCUUUAUCCAGUGUUGACAAGCUGAGCUACGCCAAGGCAUGCGUUGGCAGGGCCUUGGUUAGUUUAGUGGCAGCCGAGGAUGAUCAUCGCCGGGUCGCGUCUCAAUUGGAAGGGAAAAAGGACGUUUUAGCCGCGCGCGAUAUGGUGAUCGUUCAGUUGAAGGAAGAAUCGGCUAAAAUGGAGGCCGACUUGAAGGGCCAAAUUUCUGAGAAGGUUGCCGAGUUGGAGAAGGCAAAGGCUGAGACUGUGACAUUGUCAGAUGAGAAGAAGGCCUAUGAGGCCGAAGUGGCAGAUCUCAAGGCACGCCUGGCCGUGGUGGAGCAGCACUUCAAAACUUCCGAGGCCAAACUGAUGGAAACCGAGAAGGCCUUGUUGGAGGAAAAGGCUAAUCUUGAUGCAGCUCGUAAAGAAUGUGCUGAGACCCGCGAACUGGUAGGUCGGCAAAAAGAUGCUCAUCAGGCCGAGAUGGCCAAACUUGAAAGGGAGAAGUCAUCCUACGGGGAGUUCAUGUAUGAGAACGGCUUUCAGGCCGGGAAGGAUUCGGUUGUCGCUGAAUCGAAGUCUGGGGAUGAUGCCGAGAUGGAAGUUUCCGAGGUCGUCUUCCACAAAUCAUUGCGUAUUGGAAGUCAUCUUCAAGAACCUCUUCGGUCAGAACUUAUCUCGUUUCUCAAACACAAUUAUGAUGUUUUCGCUUGGAAGCACGAGGAUAUGAAGGGCAUCGACCCCGGUGUCGCUACCCACAAGUUGAACCUUGAUCGAACCAUCCGGCCUGUUGUGCAAAAGAGAAGAAAACUGGGGCCGGAUCGUCAGAAGGCGUUGGAAGAAGAGGUAAAAAAACUCAUAGACAACAAAUUCAUCAAGGAAGCCAAAUACCCGACGUGGGUCUCAAAUCAUGUUCUUGUCAAAAAGAGCAAUGGGCUAUGGAGACUGUGUAUCGAUUUUUCCGACCUGAACAAGGCAUGCCCGAAGGACAGUUAUCCGCUUCCCCACAUAGACUAUAUGGUCGAUGCAACAUCAGGACAUGAGUUGAUGAAUUUUAUGGAUGCUUACUCGGGGUAUAAUCAGAUUCCUAUGGAUCCUGAAGAUUCUGAAAACACCUCAUUCUAUUCGGCCCGAGGCUUGUACUGUUAUACUAUGAUGCCGUUUGGAUUAAAGAACGCCGGAGCCACAUAUCAACGUCUCGUCAACAAAAUGGUCGCUACACUAAUCGGUCACACUAUGGAAGUUUACGUUGAUGACAUGCUCGUCAAGUCGGUGCACGCCUCUGAUCACAUAACGCAUCUUCAAGAAAUGUUCGCCAUCCUCCGAUCCUAUUCUAUGGUCUUAAAUCCUAAGAAAUGUACUUUUGUAGUUGAAUCUGGAAAAUUUCUGGGCUAUAUGGUCAGCCAGCGCGGAAUUGAAGCCAAUCCGGCCAAAAUAAAGGCCAUUCAAGAUCUAACACCCCCGACCUCGGUUAAAGGUGUUCAGGCCCUAACCGGCCGACUUGCUGCACUCAACCGGUUCAUCUCCAAGUCUACAGAUCGUUGCAGACCCUUUUUCGAAGCAAUUAAAAAAGAAAAACGUUUUGAAUGGACCGAGGAAUGCCAGAAAGCUCUCGUUAGCAUCAAGGAGACGCUUGCCUCUCCGCCGACUUUACAAAAGCCAAAACCUGAGGAAAUGUUGUUCUUAUAUCUCGGAGUCAGUGAUUCUGCCAUUAGCGCUGUUUUGAUACGUGAAGAGGGACUGUUGCAAUCGCCUAUCUAUUAUGUCAGCAAAGCCUUGCAUGAUGCCGAAUUACGUUAUCCUCCGAUGGAAAAAUUAACAUUUGCGCUUGUCGUUGCUGCACGGAAAUUACGACCUUAUUUUCAAGAACAUUCCAUAACUGUCCGCACUUCGUAUCCACUUUGGCAAAUCCUGCACCGACCUGAUACCUCGGGACGCAUGGUCAAAUGGGCCAUUGAGCUCGGACAAUUCGACAUCUAUUAUCAACCGAGGACCGCGAUCAAGGCUCAAGCCUUAUCUGACUUCAUCGCCGAGUUCACUCCGGCCAUAACAGUUCAUCGUGAUAAUCAACCAUGGGUCCUCAAUAUUGAUGGAUCCUCAACAGCCAACCGAGCAGGCGCAGGGAUAGUUUUAGCAGACCCGGAGAACCGGUUAUUCU